AUGGCUAUCAGCAGGAAAUCCAACAGACUGACACAAACAGCUUUGAUAAAGCAAAUCCUGAAACGAUGUUCCAGCUUAGGAAAGAAGCAAGGCUACGGCGAUGAACAACAAGGACUCCCUUUGGACGUCCCCAAAGGUCACUUCGUCGUCUACGUCGGCCAAAACAGGAGCAGAUACAUCGUACCCAUCUCUUUCUUGACCCGACCCGAGUUCCAGAGCUUGCUCCAUCAAGCUGAGGAGGAGUUCGGGUUCGGUCACGACAUGGGCCUCAUCAUUCCUUGUGAAGAAGCUGUUUUCCGGUCUCUGACAUCCAUGCUCAGAUGA